AAAUCUUGCUGUCUGUGACCGCAGAUGGCGGGCGAGAAGGCGCCGGAGAAGAAGCCAGCUGAGAAGAAGAAGCCGGCCAAGAAGAAGGCAGGGGAGAAGAAGCCGGCGGAGCAGAAGCCGAGCCAGAAAGCAGCAGGGGACAAGAAGAAGAGGGUGAAGAAGUACCAUGCCAGCCGUAACCCCGUCCUGGCCCGCGGCAUCGGGAGGUAUUCCCGCUCAGUCAUGUACGCCAGGAAAGCCAUGUACAAGCGCAAGUACACGGCUCCAGAGACAAAGAUAGAGAAGAAGAAGAAGGAAAUGCCCCGUGCCACCAUCACUAAGCCAGUGGGUGGAGACAAGAAUGGAGGCAGCCGGGUGGUUAAAAUCCGAAAAAUGCCCAGGUAUUACCCCACGGAGGACGUUCCCCGGAAGCUGCUGAGCCACGGCAAGAAGCCGUUCUGCGAGCACAAGCGGCGCCUGCGGGCGUCCAUCACCCCCGGCACGGUGCUGAUCCUGCUCACCGGCCGGCACCGCGGCAAGCGUGUUGUGUUCCUGAAGCAGCUUGAUACUGGCCUUCUGCUUGUUACAGGCCCCCUGGCUGUCAACCGUGUCCCCCUGCGCAGGGCCCACCAGAAAUUUGUAAUUGCCACAUCCACAAAGGUGGAUCUCACUGGGGUGAAAAUUCCCAAGCAUCUCACUGAUUCCUACUUCAAGAAGAAGAGGCUGCGGAAGCCCAAGCACCAAGAAGGAGAGAUCUUUGACACUGAGAAAGAAAAAUACGAGCUGACGGAGCAGCGCAAGACAGACCAGAAGGCCGUGGAUUCCCAGAUCCUGGCACGGAUCAGGAAGGUGCCUCAGCUCCGAGGGUACCUGCGCUCCACAUUCUCUCUCUCAAAUGGAGUUUAUCCUCACAAAUUGGUGUUCUGAGCCUUCUGGAAGCACCACAUUAAACUCCAAGGGAAAAAAAAGCA